AUGCCUUUUAGAUUCCCAGUAAAGUUUGAGAUUCCCAAACAUACUCACAUAAAUGCUCGUGUUUUAAGGGAUCAGUUCAAAAGGCUACAAUUUGCCGAACAUGAGGUUACAAGAAAUGCAUUGAAAUAUAUUGCCAGAAACGAGGAUUUACCCUCGAGGGCCAGAGUUGAAGCUCAAUUACAGUUGGCUAGUAUGCCAAAGUACACUUCUUAUGUGCAAAUUAGAGACAGAUGCGUUGCUACAGGAAACUCUAAAUCUUUGAUUCGUGAUUUCAAAUUGAAUAGAACUGCCUUUAGAGAUAGAGCUAGAGCAGGACAGAUUCCUGGUGUGAAAGUUGCUUCGUGGUGA